AUGGCUAUUGAACUUUCCUCAGAAAAUUUUGGGGUUUCUAUGAGUCCAAGGAUUUCAUUCUCACAUGACUUUUCCCAAUCAGAUGUCAUACCAGUUGAGAGACAACAAAAACACCCUUUGAGAUCAAAUUCAUCUGGUUUGAAUUCAAGCAUUGAUUUUGAUUUCUGUGUUCAAGAAAGCUUAGAGCUUGAAUCAUCUUCAGCAGAUGAGCUUUUCUCAGAUGGGAGGAUCCUUCCCAUUGAAAUCAAGAAGAAAAAUGCUCCCUUGAAACAAACACUUCAACUAGCACCUCAGCCUCCAUUACCACUCCCAUAUGCUAUUCGUAACAAUGCUUCAACCAACAAAAAAUCCAAGAAAGAGAGCCCCAAAGAGAGCUUGAAUGAUGAAGUGGAAGAGAAGCAGAGUUCCAAAUCCUUUUGGCGUUUUAAGAGAAGUAGCAGUUGUGGUAGUGGAUAUGGAAGUAGCUUAUGCCCUUUGCCUCUUCUAUCUAGAAGCAAUUCAACUGGGUCUUCUCCAAGUGUUAAGAGGAUGCACUUAUCAAAGGAAGGUCCUAAAGUUAAGCAAAAUUCCCAGAAUAGUUCUUCAACAACAAGGCCUUCUCACCCCUUGUGUCCAAACAAUCAUCAAAAGCCUCCAUUGAAGAGGAGUCAUGGGUCUUAUGCUAAUAGUGUUCGAGUCAGUCCUGUUCUGAAUGUUCCUCCUGCUAACCUUUUUGGUUUGGGUUCUAUCUUCUCCAACAACAAAGCUAAGAGCAAGAAGAAGUAAUUUACAAAUUUUAAGAGUGCGAGC